UAAUGAAGUUUUUCGUCCGCAGGUCACGGUAUCAGUCACUCCCCUCUCUCAACAAUUUGCAUUGUGACAGAGCACAGUCCACUACCGUGUUGGCAGCCUCUCGCCCGCUGACAAGCAGUAAACGCUCACCAUGCCGUCCGAAAAAGUUCCCGACACCCCAGUAGAAGUCCUUGCGGAUCUCCUAAGGAAAGCCAAGGAGAUAGCUGCAGCAAGUAGCAAUGUGCCAGAGGAGCUGACAAGUCAUUUGGAGAAGGCUCUGGACAUAGCCAGCGGCCUGGAUGACUACCUGGAGAAAAUGACCACACAGGAAAGUGAACCUCUGGCACAGCUAUACAAAAAAACAGUUUCCCAUGACUGGGAUCAAGUGCACAGAGAGGGCAAGACUAUGUUCCGGCUUCCCAAGGAGUGCAUCACUGGACAUGUUGAAGGCCAGACCCUGAAGAUGCUGAUCCACAUGAGUGAAGUUAAGAGGGUCCUAGAGAUUGGGAUGUUCACAGGUUAUGGUGCGUUGUCCAUGGCUGAAGGGCUUCCUGAAGACGGCCGCUUAGUUGCCUGUGAGUUAGAGCCAUACCUCAAAGAAUUUGCCCAACCUUUUUUUGACAAGUCUCCACAUGGCAAGAAGAUUACUGUCAAGACUGGGCCUGCCAUGGACACUCUAAAGGAGUUGGCAGCUGCAGGUGAGCAGUUUGACAUGGUCUUCAUUGAUGCUGACAAGGAGAAUUACAUCAACUACUACAACUUUAUUUUGGACAACAGCCUGCUGAGAUUGCGAGGGGCCAUAUGUGUCGAUAACUCACUGUUCAAAGCAAAAGUUUACCUUAAAGACACCACAGAUAGCAACGGACUGGCGCUUAGAAAAUUCAAUGAGUUUGUCCGUAAUGAUCCCCGAGUGGAGCAGGUCAUUGUUCCUCUCAGAGAUGGCAUCAGCAUCAUCUGCCGGGUACCUGUGACCUCUGAGUGCUCUAGGACACAGAGUAAAAUAACAGAUGAUGAAGUUUUCCGUGGGGUCAAGGGGCGCCCCAUCCUUGAUCGGAUGCGUCUUGAUGGAAAGGUGGCCUAUGUGACGGGUGCUGGGCAGGGCAUAGGCCGAGCAUUUGCUCAUGCUCUGGGUGAGGCUGGUGCGAAUGUGGCCGUGGUGGACCUGGACCAAGAGAAAGCAGAGGCAGUGGCUGGAGAGCUCUUCCUUAAAGGCAUCAAUGCUUUUCCGAUCACAGCUGACAUCGGCAAAUCAGAUGAUGUCCAGAGGAUGAUUGACAGCAUUGUCUCCAAAUGGGGGGCGAUCCAUAUCGCCUGUAACAACGCUGGCAUUAAUAUGAACUCAGCCAGUGAAGACACCAGUCUAGAGGAGUGGGACCAAACCUUUAACGUCAACCUGAGGGGGACAUUCAUGUGCUGUCAGGCAGCAGGUCGAGUGAUGUUGAAGCAAGGAUACGGCAAGAUUAUCAACACAGCCUCCAUGGCCAGUCUAAUAGUACCCCAUCCCCAGAAGCAGCUCUCCUACAACACAUCCAAGGCUGGAGUGGUCAAACUGACUCAGACUCUGGGCACAGAAUGGAUUGACAGAGGAGUGCGUGUCAACUGCAUCUCACCGGGGAUUGUUGACACCCCUCUCAUCCACUCAGAGAGUCUGAGGCCUCUGGUGCAGCGCUGGCUGUCAGAUAUCCCUGCUGGUAGACUGGCUCAAGUGACAGACCUGCAAGCUGCAGUGGUCUACUUGGCAUCUGACGCCUCCGACUACAUGACAGGGCAUAACUUAGUCAUAGAGGGUGGGCAAAGUCUGUGGUAGAGAGGGUAGAUGAAGAGAUGAAAACUUUUUUUUCUCCUUUUCACUCUCCUGGGAUGAGUCUCUGAAAUAGGUGACAUUCACAUGAUCUCAUUUUGACACACUCUCAGCAGUAUUAGUUAAACUCUGACUGGAUCUUUAACUUUUGGUGAGUUAACAUCUGUUUCAUGGUGUGAAGAGUUAACUGGUAGCUUUUAGUCCUCUGCAUGUCCUGUACAGGUUCUGUUUGCUGUAACGUGUUAUGACUGUGGCACACUGAACUUCUUAGUGGAUGAAAAACACUGUAUCAUGUUAAAUACACAGCUAUCAGUCUUCUUGUCACACAAUGUGCUAACAUGUCUGAGGAAAUCUCUGUGAAGUCCAAAAAAAAAGAGAAAAAUGUUACUGAGCCUUUAAAUAUGUCACAAGUUCUGUCCUAUGAUUUUUUGACAUUAUACAUUAAAUGCUGUGAAAACCGCAA